UGGCGCGAAAAAACGCACUGCGCGGCUUCUCUUUCACAGGACAACCGCCUGCUUCCUGUUUGCCGUCUUUACAAAGAACUCACUUCAAAACAAAGAAACGCAGCUUCACGUUUGGACUCUACCGGUGGGAAUUGUCAAUGACCUACAUUUACUCGGUUAAAAAAGAUUCCAUAACUCUAAAGGAGGAUUGUUUAAUCAGCGCGAACAAUGGAGUUGGACUGUUACCAGCACUAUUUCUUCGAUGACUUUGACACAGAAGAGGAUUUUUACAAGUCAACCGCACCGAGUGAGGGCAUUUGGAAAAAGUUUGAGCUGCUGCCCACCCCUCCCAUGUCGCCAACCCGGACUCUGCAGGGCGGGGAUGAAUGCAUGUCGCCGGGAGACAAACUGAGCUGGUUGUCCAAAGUCCUGGGUCAGGACCAGGAGUACGAAGGCGAGGGCUUGUUCGGCAACCUCAGCUCCAUCAUCAUCCAGGACUGCAUGUGGAGUAGUUUCUCUACCAGCAAGCAGCUGGAGAAGGUGACCGGGAGGCAGUUUGCACUGCCCCAGCGACCCGGAGCUGCUCCCGCGGGGACACAAGCACACCCGAGGCCGAGCAAAGCGCAGUGUGUCUCGGCCGGCGCUCCGCUCCCCACGUCGGCGGCAGACUGCGUCGAUCCUGCGGCGGUUCUCACCUACCCGACCAGCAGCUGCAGGAAGCCGGCGUCGUCUGGCUCCGAGUCUCGGUCCGACUCCUCCGAUGAUGAAGAGGAAAUUGAUGUUGUCACUGUGGAGAGCAAACACAACCAGCCAGCAACCAGGCCAGCCAGUGUCCGUAAGCCAGUGACCAUCACAGUCCGUGCUGACCCUUGUCCCAGACGCUUCCACGCGUCCGUACACCGACAGCAGCACAACUAUGCCGCACGCUCCCCAGACAGUGGGCCUGAACCCGAUGAGGACGACGAUGACGAUGAUGAUGAUGAUGAAGAGGAGGAAGAGGAGCUCCAAAGUAAACGUAUGUGUUGUCCGAGAUCCAGUCAGCCCACCUCUCCCUUAGGAAGCCCUUUGAACUCUGACACGGAGGACACAGACCGCAGGAGGAACCACAACUACCUGGAGAGGAAGAGGAGGAACGACUUGAGGUACAGGUUCCUCGCACUACGGGAUCAGAUCCCGAGUCUGCAGUCAGCCAAGACCCCUAAAGUGGCCAUCCUGACCCACGCCACGGAGUACCUCACAGAGCUUCACGCCAAGGAGAAGCGACAGCUGCAAGAGCGCAAACGGCUCAAAGCUCGACAACAGCGUCUUCUUCGCAGGUUAUCUGCAUUGAAGCGUUCUUGAAUUUUCCAAAGAGACAUUUUAAAGCCACCCUUUCUGUGACAACAGGCCUCAAUGCGAACAGUUGUAUUCGUAAUAAUCUCAUUUAAGACUGGACUUCUUGAUUUGAUCUCGUCAUUGAUCUUUGUGUGCCUGUUUUUUUUGCACAGUUUUUUUUAAAGCGAGGUAACAACAACGAGAUAUUUUAUUGUUAUGCUUUGUUUGGAGCUGAGAGAAUCUAAUGUGUGAUUACCGGUGUGAUAUAUCCUUGUGUGGAAGUGGGCUGAGAUGACUUCAUUCCAUCAUUGCACAUACAUAUUGGAGUGGAGUGUAAAAAAGCCUUGCUGUGUACAAACGAUGAGUGUGAGAGCUGGUUUGUAGUUUUGUUUCUGCGGCUAUUCAAAUUACCCUGUAAAUAAUAGCUUAUUUCUCCUGGUGGAGGAGCAAAAACAAAUUUAAGGAUCAUCACAAAGCUUUGCUCUUUUGUAUAAUUUGCCACCAGGCAUUGAGGAGCCUCUAUUUUGUUAAGAAAAAGCGGGGGAGGAGUGGAAGACAAAAAAGUUUGAUAAGUAGCACUGCUGUACUUUAUUCUCACAUGUCACUUUGUGAUCUCAAUGCAUCUACUGAUAUUGGUUAAUCCAACAGCAACAUUACAUUUUAUACCCUAUUUGCAAACAAAGUAUUUGAUUUUUACUCACAUGGUAGACAUUUUUUGUGAAAAUUGGAGCUGUCUUGAAUUAUUGAGGUGAUGUAGAUAAUUCUAUUGUCUUUAAUCUGAUUAAAAGCUUUAACAGUGAA